AUGCUAAAUCGUUCCGGACAUUGCCACGGCUUCCGAUUCGUCACAAUAUACGAGAAGGGUGCAGACGGCUCGAAGGACUGCGUAUGGGCUGCGGCGUGGCCUAACAAGAUGGGACCACCAAAAAAGUUUGUCACCUCGCGGCCCACCGAGCGUCGAUUGGAUCCUGUUCACCGGUACCCCAUGGAUAUCCCAAUCAUCUGCUACCCCUCCGACGAGAUAAAUCACGAUCCCUUCAACAGUCUCCAUCAUCGAACCGACUUGGACUCCGAUGCUACCCGUGUAUUGGGACAAGUGCUUGCGCAGGCGCAGAGCCUGUUUCGCUUUCAGCAUCGAACAUUCUGUUAUGUGAUCGUGUUUUUCGGUUGCUACGCUCGCAUCGUCAGAGUCGACCGUGCCGGCACCACAUUCUCGACAUCCAUCGACUGCACCUUGGAUGCCACACACCUCAUAAAUUUCCUUCGUCAUUUCUCUCAGGCGUCGCCCGCUGACCGGGGAAUCGACCUUACGGCGGAACACGUCCCGCACGACUCUCUCCUAGGCAAAACGAUGCAACGACGCGCCGAGCUCAACAAGCACCCCAACAGCCCCACCGACCACCCACGCCAUCUCUUCGCACAGUCGCUCCAGGAGGACUGGCCAUGGUUCAAGCUGUCCGUCGGCGAGGGCGCCUCCCGUCGCGAAUUUCUUGUCGGACGCCCCCUAUACGAGCGCUCCGGCGCUCUCCCAAACACCUGUUCGAGAGGGUAUAUUGCGCUGGACACGAACGACCCGGACCAACCCCUCGUUUUCCUAAAGGAUAUGUGGCGACUGAGCCGCGUCGGGUAUCUCCCGGAGGGUGUGACCGUUGCACGGCUGAAUGCCGCAGGCGUUCCCCACGUCCCUACUCUCGUGUGCCACGGCGUCGUCGAUGGCCAGGUUACGCUCUCCGAUCAGCUAACAGAUCACGAGACAUUCGCCAGUCGCGUGCACUAUCGCAUCGCAGUCAGCGAGGUCGGGAAGCCGCUUGACACGUUCAACCACAGCAAGGAGCUCCUUGAUGCGUUGAAAUGCUGUAUAAUCGCCCAUAGUCGAGCAAUGGAGAUUCCGAUCUUGCAUCGCGACAUAAGUGAUGGGAACAUCCUCCUCGUCUGGAAUCCAAGCCUCAACAAAUGGGAAGGAAUGCUCACGGAUUGGGAGAUUGCCACAGAUUUCACCGAGGCAUGCCAUUACGACGGAGACCCAGUGCUGUGUUGUGGUACGCAGGUGUUUGCGGCGGUCCGCGUUCUGGAGGCGACCCGCGGCGCGCCAGAGCGAGAGGCCGAGGACGACCUGGAGGGCUUCCUCCACGUCCUCCUUUACUUGUGCUUGAGGUACCUCAGCAGCAACCUCCAGAACAUCAGCGCGUUCCUCCAGCGCUACUUUCACGAAGACGGCUUUCUCGAGCUCAAACGCGGGUCCUUCCGUGCCCGCUGCGUCCAGGCAGGCAAGAUCCCCAUCUCCCAGUCCAGAAAAGGGCCUGCAAUGGAACUCCGCUUCGCGCUCCCUAGCGACACAGGCGAACGCUCGAUGCGCCGUCCGCUGUACACCCACCCGCUCAACGACGUCCUCCGUCAGCUUUUCGAGUGGCUGCGCGUACGAUACGAGGUUUUGCCGAAGAUGUCGCAGUACAGGCGGUAUUGGACGCCUAAGGGAUCGGACAGCAAGACGUUCACCGCGCAGCGGAUAAUUGACCUGCUCGACGCGGCGCUGCAGGACCCCCAGUGGCCGGUCGGGGACAAGCGUGAGGAUCGCUGUCUGAAGGAAUUCAAAAGUGUCAAGAUCGAACGGACUGACACCCGCAUGGUGCUCCCGGACGAUGUCCCUAUCCCGCGCCCUAAAGCGCACGAACGACCUGAAGUGGAGCUUCCGGCAGCCAAAAGGAGGCGACGCGCGUGA